AUGCCGGUGCCCAGCAGGCCCGGCCCCGUGGGCCGCUCGCAGAGCUGGGAUGCGGCCGGCUGGUACGCGGGCCCCUGGGCGGGGGACGCCGACAGCCUGCGGCCUCCGCCGGGGAGGAGGGGCUCCCUGACCUACGGCCCGGGCGAGGGGGGCUGGUGUGACCCGCCCGGCCCCGCCGAGCCCUUCCUGUACCGGGAGGCGGCGUCCAACUCGGGCGCCUCGAGGAAGGGCUCCGCGCCCGACUUCGCCUUCUACGAGCCCGGCCGCGGCCCGCUCCCGCCGCAGGACUACUACGGCGAGCCGGCCCGGGGCCCGAGGAUGUCCAAGGAGCCUCUGUGUUUCCGGGACCCAGGAGUCGGCCGGCCGGGGCCCGGGUACGGGGUGCUGGGCAGCAGGGUGCCCUGGGAGCACGUCCACGGCCAGCCGCCCGCCCUGCACGACGCCGGCCACCUGUACCGAGACCCCGGGGCGAGGACCGGGCCCCCCGGCCCGCGGCCCCACGGCAGGGCCCCGUCUCCCGGGCGCUAUGGAAGGGAGCCGCCUGACUGCAGGUUCGGGCCGGAGGCCCCCGCCUACCCCGCCAGCCAGCUGUACGACGACGGCAGCGAGGGACCCGGGGACCCGGCCGCCGCCCGCCAGGUGGCCCCCACCUGCCUGGUGGUGGACCCGGGCCCCGCGGCCGCCUCGGAGGGCAGCCCGGGGGUGGCCCCCGGCGUGGCGAGCCGCGGCUACGGGCCCCCCAGGCCGGCGUACGAGCCCUGCGAGGCGGACCCGGCCGCGCUCCAGGGGCCUCCGGGCGGCAAGAGGAGCGCGCUGCUGCCCGAGUUCCUGGCGCUGCUGCGGGCGGAAGGGGUGGCGGAGGCCACGCUGGCCGCCCUGCUGCAGCAGGGCUUCGACUCCCCGGCCGUGCUCGCCACCCUGGAGGACGCCGACCUCAGGACGGUGGCGCCCAACCUGGGCCAGGCCCGCGUCCUGAGCCGCCUGGCCAGCAGCUUCCGGGCGGAGAUGCAGCUCCGGCGGCAGGACCGGGCCGGGCCCGCGCCCCGCGCCCGCGCCGGCAGCUUCAGCCACCGCGGCGAGCUGCCGCCCGGCGACCCGCCCGCCCCGCCCAGCCCGGCCCGCCGGCCCGCCAGCGCUCCCUCGCAGCCCCUGCUGGAGACCGCGGCCGCCUAUGCCGCCCCCCACUUCCCCUCCCACCCCGGCUACGGCUCCCCCGCGCCCUGCGCCCUGACGGUGCGGCUGGGCCCCUCGUGCGCCGCCCCGCAGGCCGGCGCGGCCCUGGCGCACCCGGGCCCGCGGACAGCCUACUCCACCUCGUACACGGUGCCCAUGGAGCUGCUGAAGCGCGGCCCGGCCGCCUCCCCGCUGCCCAGCCCCCGCGGCAGCCCCCAGCUCCUGCGGAAGCCCAGCGCGCCCUCCGAGCCGCCCGCCCUGCCGCCCGCCGGCCAGAGCCUCCACACGCCCCACUCUCCGUACCAGAAGGUGGCCCGGCGCACCGGAGCGCCCAUCAUCGUCUCCACCAUGCUCGCCACGGAACCAAGUAUCCGACCCCAGAUCAUGAACGGCCCCCUGCACCCCCGCCCCCUGGUGGCCCUGCUGGACGGCAGAGACUGCACGGUGGAGAUGCCCAUCCUGAAGGACCUGGCCACCGUGGCCUUCUGCGACGCGCAGUCCACUCAGGAAAUCCACGAGAAGGUGUUAAACGAGGCUGUGGGGGCCAUGAUGUACCACACCAUCACGCUCACCCGGGAGGACCUCGAGAAGUUCAAGGCCCUCCGGGUCAUCGUGCGCAUCGGCAGCGGCUAUGACAACGUGGACAUCAAGGCCGCCGGCGAGCUUGGCAUCGCCGUGUGCAACAUCCCGUCGGCAGCCGUGGAGGAGACCGCCGACUCCACCGUCUGCCACAUCCUCAACCUGUACCGGAGGAACACGUGGCUGUACCAGGCGCUGCGGGAAGGCACGCGGGUGCAGAGCGUGGAGCAGAUCCGCGAGGUGGCCUCGGGAGCGGCCCGGAUCCGCGGCGAGACGCUGGGCCUCAUCGGCUUCGGUCGCACAGGGCAGGCAGUUGCUGUUCGAGCCAAGGCUUUUGGAUUCAGCGUCAUAUUUUAUGACCCCUACUUGCAGGACGGCAUAGAGCGGUCUUUGGGCGUGCAGAGGGUCUACACCCUGCAGGACCUGCUGUAUCAGAGCGACUGUGUUUCCCUGCACUGCAAUCUCAACGAACAUAACCACCACCUCAUCAAUGACUUUACCAUCAAGCAGAUGAGGCAGGGGGCGUUCCUGGUGAACGCAGCCCGCGGUGGCCUGGUGGAUGAGAAAGCCUUAGCCCAGGCCCUCAAGGAGGGCAGGAUACGAGGCGCGGCCCUGGACGUGCACGAAUCGGAGCCCUUUAGCUUUGCCCAGGGUCCGCUCAAAGACGCGCCAAAUCUCAUCUGUACCCCCCACACGGCCUGGUACAGUGAGCAGGCCUCCCUAGAGAUGAGGGAAGCAGCCGCCACGGAGAUCCGCCGAGCCAUCACAGGUCGCAUCCCAGAAAGCUUAAGAAACUGUGUCAACAAGGAAUUCUUUGUCACAUCAGCUCCUUGGUCAGUAAUAGACCAGCAAGCAAUUCAUCCCGAGCUCAAUGGUGCCACAUACAGGUAUCCGCCGGGCAUCGUGGGUGUGGCCCCGGGAGGACUCCCCGCAGCCAUGGAAGGGAUCAUCCCCGGAGGCAUCCCGGUGACUCACAACCUCCCCACGGUGGCCCACCCCUCCCAGGCGCCCUCUCCCAACCAGCCCACAAAACACGGGGACAAUCGAGAGCACCCCAACGAGCAAUAGCAGACAGUGCCGAAGAAACCACUCAUAAACUUGGGACCAAGAGACAGUGGCGAACGGAUGAACUGAGAGAAGGAGCUUGAGUCUUUCUAACUGAACCCUGGACGUAUGCGUCGUCCACGCUGCAGUGUUAAAGCUACAGGAGCUGAAAACAAGAUGGCGUCCGCUCCGGAAGCGCCGAAAGACGAGGACAGGACUUAUUAACGACCAACUUCUGUUAUUGUGUGUUAAGUUUUUCAUCUGUGCAUCCAAUCACAAAGAAUAAAUAGAGCUUUUUCCUUUAUCAGUCCCCUGGGCACAGCAGGUCCUGAGCAACUUGCUCUAGAAUGUUGCAUCAAAAGUUCCAAACAUGAAAAUAAAAGUAUUGAGAGGAACACACACAUAUACCCCCCCCCCCCCAAACCUGGACUCAAGCCCCUCGGUUUCCAGGGGCUCUCUUACCUCUUUUUGCUAAUAGGAAGAUUGAGUUAAUACGGAAUGGGGGAAACUGCCUGUGUCGGACAUCGGCACGCACAGGACGAAGCCAGUACAGGCUCGUGCGCGGAAGUGUCUCCCAUCUGAACUGCAUAGUGAGCGGGCAAGCUGGUUGUAAGUUCAGUAAUACCCUCUGAUGAUGCAAAAAAAAAAAAAAAAAAGAGAGAAAAAGAAAAAAAUAUUAAGUUUCACAAGCUGUUUGUACUCAAAUAUAUUUUCUCAGUUUCAGAUCCUCAGCUAUUUUAUUGAGUGGGAAGUCUUGAGCUGCUAAGAGUUCAAGAAUAAUGUUGCAUUUCCUUAUGUCUCAGGAAACACUUUUUAUGGUAACUUGUCAGAUUGUCUAUGAACAAACCCACUUUUUUAGACAUUGAUAAAUUCUUUUCUUCACGUGAUAUUUUAUACAAGAACACUUCAGAUGUGUUAUUAGAUGUGACUGAUUUUAACAAAUCCUAUUAGAUUUGUAUCAACUAGUUACAUGUUCUAUUCAUAGUCUUUUGUGAAUCAUUGCCUUUUUGUUUAAAAAAGAUGGCCUAUUUUGAGCCUUUGUAUAGGUACAUUCCUGUUUUUGUGACAAAAGAAAAACUUUAAAACUGUCCCAAACAGAAAAAAAUAAUGGCUAUCAGAAGUAUGUUUUGUUUUAGUGUGAGUUACGGUUACUGUAUUUGUUUAUUGUAAAGGUGGACAUUUAGCGUUCAGUGCAGUUUUCAAUAAAAAGUAAUUAAAAUUUGUUAA